AUGUUCAACUUUGGCGGCCCCUUCGGUGGCGGUGGUGGCGGUUUUGGCGGCGGUGGUGGUCAUAAUGGCUGUCGAGAACCAACCUGCCAAGCGGCUUGUCUAGGCUACAAAACUCCCACCGUGUACUCGCACUUCUGCGCGGCGCACGCGUGCACGCACGCGGACUGCGACCAGCCGCGCAAGGGCAGCGGCACAUCCUGCGACAAGCACACGUGCCACGCCGUGGGCUGCACCAUCGACGUGCCCGGCGCGGCAGACCCCAAGACGAACCCGCUGGACGACUACUGCCCGAACCACCGGCUGUGCCAGAAGGCGGGCUGCGAAAACCCGGUCUACAUCCACAACAUCCAAACCGGCAGCCGCAGCUCCAAGUUCUGCUUCAACCACUACUGCGACGUGCCAGGGGCCGCGGGCACGUGCGACAAGGAGCGCGUCGCCGGGCCCGACGCGAAGGGCUGCGAUGACCACACGUGCGCCUACUACCGCCAGAUCCAGGGCAGCUGCCACAAGCCCAAGACAGACGCGGCCGGUGUGUACUGCGCCGACCACGAGUGCAAGAACGCCUUGUGCCGCAAGGAGCGCAACGGCGCCACCGAAUGGUGCACAGAGCACCUAUGCCUGGCUGCCGUCACGCUGAAAGCGACGUGCACUAACGAGAGAGAGGGCACGCCCACGAACCGGCUGUACUGCAAGGACCACAGGGAGUGCGAAGAAGAGGGCUGCUCUGAGUUUGGCGCUUUCGUCGGCAACGUGCGUCAGACGAAGUGCGACGAGCACAUGAAACCAAGAUGCAAAUUCCCAAUCUGCACCACGGCCGCGCAGGCGCCCCCGGCCGAGUACUGCGCCAUGCACACGUGCCAGUUCGGGCUGGGCUGCCGCAACGCCAUCGUCAGCACCAGCGUCUUUUGCGUCGUGCACAAGUGCAGCGAGGCGGCGUGCACGAAGCCGAAGCUCGCGUCGCCCGACCCGGGCAUGGGCAUGACGGCCAUGCUGCUCGCGGCCAUGAGCCUGACCGGCAACAACGGGCAGCCCCCCGAUCCGAACUUUGCGAACCUGUUCAUGACCAUAAACGGCGGCAUGCCCGGCGGUGUUGGGGGCAUGUACUGCCGCACUCAUAAUUGUAGGGAGGACGACUGUAUGCAGAAAGUCGCGGCCGGUAAGACGGCGUAUUGUCUGCUGCAUAAGUGUCGUGAGAAGGAGUGUGGUAAUGCGAGGGCGGCCGAGGCGGAGUACUGUGCUGAGCAUGGGGAUGGGGGCGGAGGAGGUGGAUGGGGUGGAGGAGGUGGAUGGGGUGGUGGUGGUGGAGGAGGGGGAGGGGGACGGAAGAGCUAUUAUCGGCAGUUGAGGUGGUAG